AUUGACAUGUCUGGGUUGGAGCAAAUGAAGCCUGUGAAUCUGAAUGUGAUAGUGAUACACGCUCAAAAUCAGCUCAUCAAAAACCCUAACCCCCAAUUGUUAAACCCAUUACUGGGACUCCUAAAAAACUCACAAGAUGCUUUCUUUCUCUACAACCAAAUGCUUUCACACCCUUUCUCCCAUAAUCACUACACCUUCACCCACGCCCUCAAAGCCUGUUCUUCCCUUCACGCGCGUUCCAAGGGCCUUGAGAUCCACGCGCAUCUCAUCAAAUCUGGUCACUACGUGGACCUCUUCAUCCAGAACUCGUUGCUCCACUUCUACUGCCACGUGGGCAACGACGUCGUUUCGGCCUCGCGCGUGUUUGAAUCCAUUCCCUCCCCUGAUGUUGUUUCAUGGACAUCAAUGGUUUCGGGUCUCUCCAAGUGUGGCUUUGAAGCAGAAGCCAUCAGGAAAUUUUCGGCGAUGGAUGUGAAGCCCAAUGCAGCUACUCUUGUUAGUGCAUUGUCUGCUUGUUCUGGUCUCAAAGCUCUUGGAUUUGGCAAGGCCGUUCAUGCUUAUGGGUUGAAGUCAAUGAUUGAUGGGAAUGUUAUUUUUGAUAAUGCUGUGCUGGACUUGUAUGCAAAGUGUGGGUCUUUGGUGAAUGCAGAGAACCUGUUUGUGAAAAUGUCUAAAAGGGAUGUGAUUUCUUGGACUACGUUGGUGAUGGCCUAUGCUCAAGGAGGGCAUUGUGAAGAGGCUAUUGCUGUGUUUAAAAGAAUGGUGCUUGAAGGAGAAGCUGAGCCUAAUGAGGCAACUGUUGUCACUGUGCUAUCAGCGUGUGCAUCCAUGGGUGCUUUGAGUUUGGGGCAGUGGGUGCACUCCUACAUUGACACAAGAUGUGACCUUGUGCUUGAUGGCAAUAUUGGAAAUGCCUUGCUUAACAUGUAUGCUAAGUGUGGAGAUAUGCAGAUGGGGUUUAGGAUUUUCAACAUGCUUGUGCAUAAGGAUGUUAUCACUUGGGGUACUGUUAUUUGUGGCCUAGCUAUGAAUGGCCACGGCAAGCAAGCAGUGCAGAUCUUUUCACACAUGUUGAUUCAAGGGGUUCCACCGGAUGAUGUAACCUUUAUUGGACUAUUGUCUGCAUGCAGCCAUGCAGGUCUGGUCAAUGAAGGAAUCAUGUUCUUCAAAGCCAUGAGAGAUACUUAUUGCAUUGCACCUCAAAUGCGACACUACGGUUGCAUGAUUGACAUGUACGGACGAGCUGGUCUAUUUGAGGAAGCAGAGGCUUUCCUUAGAGGCAUGCCUGUUGAAGCUGAGGGGCCUAUUUGGGGAGCUCUUCUUCAAGCCUGCAAAAUUCAUGGUAAUGAGAACAUGUCCGAAUGGAUCAGGGGACAUGUCAAUAACAAAAAUGUUGGGAUUGGUACUCUUGCUUUAUUAUCUAAUCUGUAUGCAAGUUCUGAACGAUGGGAUGAUGCUAACAAGGUUCGUAAUACAAUGAGAGGCGUUGGUUUAAGGAAGCUAGCAGGAUGUAGCUGGAUUGAGCUUGACAUGUCCACCAACAGAUUGGAUUCAAAUUUAUGUGUUGCCUAGUAGGCCUAAGGGAGGAUCAAUGGUGUUGUGAACUGUGUAAUGCUACCAAACCACGAUACAACCUCUAAAGGGUGAAACUGACCUGUCUUCACAUUUCUCUGUUCACACGUGGACUCAAUAUGUGAUUUAUUCCAUUCAUGUUCAAGACUCUUUAAGUCUUUCUUUGUGUGUGGUUGGCUGCAAGCAUCGCAAUCCAAUGACAAAAGUAUAGUGUAAA